AUGUGCUUUUGUCCCAGGUCCCGCCGUGCGUCCGAGAGUGCCCGGUGCCUCCAGCGGCGCGUUUUUCCCGGAGCGCGAGACGGCGGGGCCCAGAGCUACCCGCCUGCUCUGGCGCCGGGCCCCGAGGCCGCAGGGUGGCCGAGAUGCAUGCUCGGCCACUGUCCGCAGCUCCUGUUCCUCCGCCUCGUCCUCCUCCUCCUCCUGCUCCUCCUGCUCCUCCUCCUCCUCCUCCUGGGCAUUAUUUUUGACCCGCUGCGAGAUUGGUGUUUAACCAGAUUGGCCUGUCGGCGUGCGCCUGUCGAUUGUAGGGCUAAUUUGUGGCUCUUGCCAAGCGCGUUUCUCCUGCUCAAGGAGAAAGAAGACGGCCCACAAGGCCACUAA